GAGUUCCUCAGUAACAAAGACCAGGGUCAGUCCAAGCUGAACGCUGUGGUUUUGAACGCUGAGCUCUUCUGUAGCAUCGCAGCCAAAGAUAAAACUGAUACAGUUCGUGUUAAAGCAAACACUGCCAGAGACGACUGGAAAACCAUAAUGUCUAACCUUCACAACCGAGAGACAAGUCUGCAGGUGAGCAACACACCGUCAGCCUACUGGGAAAAAUGAGCAUUUGAACAGCUUUUCAGGUAAUCCAGUCUGGUCUGAUCCCUGUUCCCACCAGCCACCUCUACCCUCUCAAAACUAACCUGCUUAUUUCAGCUUUUACUCA